AUGCCACAGUGCGCAGCCUGUGGUAAAUUUUUAUCACCUGCGGGUGCCACUGGUUGUGGUUCAUGUCUAUUAAAAUUCCAUAAGGCUUGCCUGGGAAUACCAGAAAAAUCACAAAUCGGCAAGAACUGGGUUUGUCUGGCAUGCAAACGGAACUUGCGGAAGGGUGACAAUAGUGAGACACCGGUGAAGGGGCUCUGCGACGAAAGAACCGCCGAAGCACCGUCCCAUGGCGGUGUGACACUCGACGCACCUCCCGGCGUCGUUGUUGAGACGGAUCCGGAGUCGGAAGUGGCAGCCUGCACCCCCUCUGAUGUCAAGGGCUUGUUGGAGUUUCGUCAGUUGUUUGCAGAAUGUAUGUCGGAGAUGCGGGAGUUCAGGAAGGAACUGAUGUCACUCCAUUCAUCCUUCAAGGCAGUGACAGAACGACAGGAUCUGAUGGACAGUAGGCUGGACGGCAUGGCGCUGAAGCUGGAGGAACUCGAGGGUCGUCUCGCUGCUGGGGCGCCGUCACGGGUGGUGGAGCUGGAGCGUGUAGUAUCGGAACUCAGGGGCGAGCUCAACAUGCGGGAUCAGGAUGCUCUACUGGCGGACCUGGACGUCGGAUCGGUUCCGGAGGAGAAGGGUGAAAAUGUGACGCACACCGUGACUGCUCUGGCUUUGCGUCUCGGUAUAACCCUGGAGGAGCGUGACGUGGUAUUCGCCGAGCGCGUGGGUGCCCCUCCGGCUGCCGGUGGUCGCGCACGCCGGAUCGUGGUGCGGUUGUCCCGACGUGGUCUGCGUGAUGAGGUGCUGCGUGCCGCCCGGACUCGUCGUAACCUUGAGGCUUCAAACGGAACACGCAUAUAUAUCAACGAGCGGUUGACUCGCCAUAAUCGCCAGCUGUUUCUCCGGGUGCGCGAGGGGUGCCGUCAACGGAACUGGCGCUACUGCUGGACCAGGCACGGUUGCAUUUUUGCUCGACAGAGUGAUGGACAGCGGGUGUUGCGAUUUCGCUCGGAUGCAGAUCUCGAACGAAUAUUUAAUAUUCCUCAGAGGGGUUCCCCGGAACCGAAGCUGCCGGAUGGUCAUGAUGGUCAGUCAUUGCCAGCCUACUCUGGUGCUGGCGCUGAAGUAUAAUAGAAUAUCUAGU